GAAAAUUGCACAAGUCGGCACGCUCGCGUCCACCGACGACGAUCUUUACCUCGUCCAUUGGGCAAUCGAAGAUGUUGACCGUUCUCCUUUUCACGAUCCUGGCGUUCGCGAACGCGACGCUAGAUCCUGAACUCCGAAUAUUGGCCGACGAGAAUUUGGCGAAAUUGAAACUCAACGAAGAUUUACCGCCGGACGCGAAGCUCAAUACUAUGGAACUGAUUGAGAAAUAUCACUACAAACCUGAGAAGCAUGUAGUAAUUACGCCCGACGGUUACAUUUUGGAACUACAUCGCAUAGUAGGGAGAACGAAUUCCACUGAGCAAAGACCUGUUGCGUUAGUGAUGCACGGUCUAUUGGCUAGCUCGGCAGUGUGGGUGCUUUCUGAACCUAAGAAAAGUCUUGGAUUCAUCUUGUCGGACGCGGGAUACGAUGUGUGGCUCGGCAACGUGCGCGGCAGUAUGUAUUCCCGUACCCACAAGAACCCGUCGAUCGCAAAGGAGGAUUAUUGGAAUUUUAGCUGGCACGAGAUCGCUACGCGUGAUCUCCCGACGAUGAUAGAUUAUAUCCUGAAGACCACCGGUCGCGAGAAGCUGUUCUACUUGGGGCACAGCCAGGGCACCACCACCUUCUUCGUCAUGUCAGCGCAGCUACCCGAGUACCAGAACAAAAUCCACGCAAUGUUCGCCAUGGCUCCGGUGGUUUAUUGCUCCAACAUGAUAAGUCCUAUUUUCCGGCUGCUGGCGGUAUUCUCCACACCGAUCGACUUGGUGGCGAAAUUAAUCGGUCAGUACGAAUUCGAGCCUACGAACGAAGCCAUGCAGAAAUUUCAGGCGUUAGUGUGCGCGAAGGAUGCUAUCACGCAGCCAUUGUGCUCGAACAUGCUUUUCUUAAUCGGUGGAUACGACCGCGAUCAAUUCAACAAGACCCUUCUGCCGAUAGUCCUCGGACAUGUUCCUGCUGGUGCAGCCACGAAGCAAUUCGUACAUUAUGCGCAACUCAUUAAUUCUGGCAAGUUUCGACAGUUCGAUUAUGGAUUUUUCGGUAACUUGGGCAUCUAUAACAGGAUAUUUCCACCGAAAUACGAUCUAAGUAAAAUCCGAGUGCCGAUUUCACUGCACUACAGCUCCAACGACUGGCUAGCAGACGUCGAGGACGUGCAUCAGUUAUACAAAGAGUUAGGCAAACCUUUCGGCAAAUUCCGAGUGCCGCAUGACAAAUUCAAUCAUUUGGACUACAUGUGGGCUAAGGACGUGGAUACACUCUUAUACGACAAGAUACUGAGCUUAAUGACGCGCUUCAAGGAUUAAACUACGACAUCUAUGAUGGACCAAGCGAAGGCUAAAAAAUAAGACGAAGGUCAAAAAGUAACUUGCUUUCUAUAAAAGACUGGAUUUUGUACGGCGAUUGUAAAAGUAUCGAACGAAAGGAUUUUUUAUUGCAUCAUCACCUUCGUUCAUUCAUUUUCACUAUUUCAAGAUGUUCACGAGACAUAUGUGUUGUUUCUACGGUUGUAUAAUUUAAUUUUAAAGCGUAUUCUGGAUGGAAAUAA